AUUUCCAGCGCCAGAAAAGAGCUGCUCAUUUUUCUCUCUCGUUGUCCAGUCUAGCGUCGCCGUCGGUUAGCCAUAGCCAACCCACGGCGGCCGGCCGGCCAAGCCCACGACUGCGACCAUGAUGGAUGGACAGGUGACACCGGGAAUAUUUAACCAACAAAGCUCUAGCUUAAUCAAACGGAAUGAUCCUUCCGCCGCGGCAUAAUGCUGCACCUUGAUUCCCCCGCCAGCUUCCCCCCUUCCUCGGCGAGGUCGCGCCGGCGCCUCCCGAUUCCCUUCACCUGCUUCCUCCCGUCACCUCACGCCAAUGCACCCACAUCGCCGCGUCCCCGUCUGUCCCCGUCAGACCCCCCAUGGCGAUCGAGACCCCGCCACCCGCAUCCCCGACCGCCUGGCCCGCUUCCCCGACUGGCCGCACCCUCUCCGCGGCCUUCGCCGACGACCGCCGCCGCGAGGCCAGGCGCCGCGCCGUGCACCUCCUCCCGGGCUGCGGCAGGCCGCCGCAGCCGCGCUCCAAUCUCGUCAACCGCGUGCUCCACCGCUUCGGCGCCGCCUGCGUCCCUAAGAGCACCGCCGCCACCCCCACCCGGACGCCCCCGCUGCCUCGGCGGUCGUCAGUGUCGACGCCCCCGCGGCCUCGGCCGUCGUCGGCGUCGACGCCGCCCACGUCAACCCAGGUACCGGCACGCCUAGACCAGGCAGACGCGGAGAGAGUCGCUGCCAGGAGGCCUUUGAGGGAGAGAGAGGACGCCGCCGCCGUCGGAAGAGAGCCGACGCCGCCGGUGUCCCAAGCCAGUGCCGUGGCGGCCACCGAAGUGGUUGCCAGCCUUGCGAGCAACUGGAGAAGCGAUACCGCCACCACCGUCGGGAGAGGAGCAAACAUCUGGGUGAGGGUUUCGCGCAAGCCGAAGUCGCCGCAGGUGGACUCUCCGCAGCUGUCAGUGGAAUCAACAGCGGCGGCGGAGGAUCAGUACGUGUGGGCGGACAGGUACCGGCCCAGUGUGCUCGGGGAAUUCAUAUGCAACAAGGCCGUCGCCGAUGAGCUCCACCGGAUGGUGACUGAACGCCAAUGCAACCAUUUCAUAUUUGAAGGGGCGCAGGCUGUCGGGAAGAGAAGCAUGGUGCUGGCCCUUUUAAGAGAUGCUUUUGGUCCUGAUAAUCUCAAGAUAGAGGAAAUCACAAAGAGAAUCGAGCUGAAGGGAGAAAUCGCCAAACACAUUGAUGUUAAAGUGAAGAUUUCAGAUCAUCACGUGGAGGUAAACUUGGCUGAUUUACAUGGCUAUGAGAAGUAUGUCAUAACUACUUUGUUGAAUGAGUCAAUCCCACCACCGGACUUGAUUUGCGAUCAUGCUAACUGCAAAGUGAUUGUGGUCCAUGAUGCUGAUAGGCUUUCGUCUGAUCUUCAGCAUUAUGUCGGUUGGUUUUUGGGGAGGUAUGCAGGUUGCAACAAAAUUAUUUUCAGCUGCUCCAGUUCUUCAAACCUUGAUGCCGUUGAACAUUUAUGCAAGGUUGUCCGACUUAAACCACCUUCAUUUGAUGAGAUAAUCAAGGUUCUAGAGUUCAUUGCUACACAAGAAGGCAUAGAUUUGCCUCGUGGACUUGCCAGUAGAAUUGCAGCUAGCGCGAGUAAUAAUCUCCGACAGGCAAUACGCUCUUUUGAAGCUACAUGGAAAGCAAACUAUCCAUUCACGAAAGACCAGCCCAUUUUGACUGGAUGGGAGGAGGAAAUUUAUGAUGUUGCCAAAAAAAUCAUGGAGGAGCCAAGUCCAAAGCAGCUGUAUCUCAUUCGGCGGAAGAUCAGAAAAAUGAUUGAACAUAAUGUGUCACCUUAUUUCAUUUUCUGUCACUUGGUUAAUGAACUGAAAAGGGACAGGGAUGAAGAUUUUCAGAAUAGCAUCGAUGAACUGGCACUGGAGUUGAACCAAAACGAGCAGUGCAAAGAAUACAAAUCUCAGGACACAAUUUCUGACAAAAGAGCUAUCAAUAUAGAAGGUUUCGCUGUUGAAGGCCCGGACCAAGGGGAAGCCAUCCAAUGCUUCAUAAAGAUUGAAGAAUUCACUGUGAGGUUCAUGAGCUUCUACAGAUCUUUAAUAACGAAGAACUCAAGCAGAGGCGGUGUUCCUUCAUGAAGAGGGUGGAAUCACUCUCUCGAUCAACAAAUCCUCUAGCGCGAGCGAGUGUUGUAGCAGUGUUGAUAAAUAAGCAGUGGUGUGCCUCUGAAGUCUGAAUCAAAGCACCUCGGCGUUGCUUUGCAUGUUAAGAAGGAAAACAUACCUUUUUUUAUCCGCCCCGUUUGCGUGUAUACGUGUGAAUUGUGAUUAUGCACACAACUCUGUAUACGUGUGAAUUGUGAUAUUGUGGUUUGUACAAAAAUCAACUUCAUAUAUGAUAAUUUGUGUGAUCUGAGAAUA